UGCUGAAAUCAUUGAUUUGAAAACAUGGCGUCGGAAGCCGAGGCGGGCAGCGCUGCUACAGCAGAACCGGACACGGGAGACGGUGAGGCUACAUUUGGAGAACUUCCCACCGGCAUGGAUACUGAAUCAUCCAACGGCAAAGAGGCAAUGGAAGCAGCCGGCGAGGGCUCCGAGGCUGCCGACGCUCUAGCUGGAUCCGGAGACGAGGAGAGCGGGAGGCAGCUGGGAGACGUGGAGCUGCAGUGUGCGCUCUGCAUGAAGUGGUUCACCGCAGACACAUUUGCCAUCGACACUGCGACCUGUCUUCCUUUUAUGACUAACUACGUGUUUCACUGCAACGUGUGCCAUCACAGCGGCAACACCUACUUCCUCAGAAAACAAGCGAACCUGAAGGAGAUGUGUCUCACAGCGCUGGCAAACCUGACGUGGCGGUCCAGAACACAAGACGAACAUCCAAAGACGAUGUUCUCCAAAGACAAGGAUAUCAUACCGUUCAUUGACAAGUACUGGGAGUGCAUGACAACCCGUCAGAGACCGGGGAAGCUCACCUGGCCCAACAACAUCGUAAAAACCAUGAGCAAAGAGCGAGAUGUGUUCCUGGUGAAGGAACACCCCGACCCCGGCAGUAAAGACCCCGAAGAGGAGUACCCCAAGUUUGGCCUGUUGGACCAGGACCUGGGAACCAUUGGACCCUCGUAUGAUUCACAGAAACAGACCACUGCUGCUCCCACGGCUGGAGGACUGAAUGGUGGAUCUUCGUUCUCAGGUGCUUUGGCUCCUGGACCCGGAAAAGGACGAGGGGCCAAACGUAAACAACAGCAGCAACAGGAGGGAGCUGCAGCCGGAGCCACUAAGAGAACCAGAAGCGACCCCCUGUUCUCGGCUCAGCGCCUGCCUCCUCACGGUUACCCUCUGGAGCACCCCUUUAAUAAAGACGGGUACCGCUACAUCCUGGCAGAACCGGACCCUCACGCUCCGGACCCGGAUAAACUGGAGCUGGACUGUUGGGCCGGCAAACCAAUACCUGGUGAUCUGUACAGGGCCUGUCUGUACGAGAGGGUGCUGCUGGCUCUACACGACAGAGCGCCGCAGCUGAAGAUCUCUGACGACCGUCUGACGGUGACCGGCGAGAAGGGCUACUCCAUGGUGCGAGCCUCCCACGGUAUCCGGAAGGGCUCCUGGUACUUUGAGGUCACUGUGGAGGAAAUGCCUCCAGAUACGGCGGCCAGACUCGGCUGGUCUCAGCCACUCGGCAACCUGCAGGCGCCUCUGGGUUACGACAAGUUCAGCUACUCGUGGCGCAGCAAGAAGGGCACUCGGUUCCACCAGUCGAUAGGGAAGCAUUACUCCUCUGGUUACACUCAGGGAGACACGCUGGGCUUCUUCAUAGAGCUGCCGGAUGCCACGGAGACGGCCAAGGCUCUGCCGGACACGUACAAGGACAAGGCGCUAAUUAAGUUCAAGAGCUACCUGUACUUUGAGGAAAAGGACUACGUCGACAAAGCAGAGAAAAGCCUGAAGUCCAUGAGCUCCAGCAGGAUGAUAUUCUUUAAAAACGGCGUGAGCCAAGGUGUAGCCUUUGAAAACCUGUUUGAAGGCAUGUACUUCCCCGCCAUCUCUCUCUACAAGAGCUGCACGGUUUCAGUCAACUUUGGACCACAUUUCAGACACCCUCCAAAAGACCUCAAGUACCAGCCGAUGAGUGACAUGGGCUCUGGAGCUGUGAUCGAACACACGCUGGCCGACAUGUUGUUCCACGUGGAGACGGAUGUAGACGGACGACGCAGCCCCCCGUGGGAAGGUUGAACAGGGCCGUGAAUUCAGUACGCACACCCCCCCUUUAAAUGUCCAAACAUUGUCUCACCUAAAGACAACGGUAACAUAAAAAAGCACGACACGCUGCAGUCAACAUGUGGCUCAGAGAAGGCCUGUCUGAUUUCAUUAGUUUUGCAAGACAGGAAGUUAAAAGCUAAUAAAGAUGAUUACAGCGAGCUUGAUGGCGGCUCAUCAUCGUUUGUUAUUGAGCCAUCAAUAGACGUCCCCUCUGAACAUUUGACGACUAAAUCAACCUUUUCUUUAAAAUAUGUAUGUUUUAAAGUUAAUGUCUCACUGGUUUAUCAGAGUUUAGUCUUUUUGCUAAUUGUAUUUGUUUUAUUAUGUGUGUCAGUUAUUUACUGUUUUAUACUCUGGGUUAAAUAAAUAAAAAAUGCUAC